AUGGCUCUGCAAUCAACUUUAAUAUCCUGCUGGCUUUUGCUGCACAUCAGCGACGCGGCCGGCAAGUCUGAUAUUGUCAGAAUAGGCGCAAUCUUCGAUGAGCCCAGCCUGCGGGAGGAGCAAGUUUUCCGCGCUGCAAUCGAGGCAAUCAACGGCAAUCGAAAGCUGUUGGCACACAGCAGAUUUGCAGGGUCUACAGAUGGCGGCAGCGUACAGACUGCCUGCGACCAUCUGGAGGUGCCGCUGCUUAUGGCGCGCUGGCAGAACAGACGGCCGCCCUUUGCAAUCAAUCUCCACCCGCCCCCGUCAACCUUGGCCGCCCACGCCACUACCCCACGUUACACACCUCUCCCCUCCCAGGCGUACAGGUCGGUCCUACAGGCGCUGGGGUGGCAGGACUUGAUUGUGGUGUGCGACUCCAGCGAAGGACUCCUGCGGGUGAAGGAACUCCUUAAAGAUGACGCCUUCAGGGUCACGCUCAGGGACCUGCCUCGCGGCCUGGAUUACAGGGAGCUUCUGAAGGCAAUCAAGUUAUCAGGAAUUGUGCACAUCCUGCUUGAAGUUCAUCGCUCCAAAAUACAUUCCCUGCUGAAGCAGGCGCAGCAGAUUGGCCUGAUGACGGCCUAUCACCACUACUUCAUCACUUCUUUGGACCUGCACACUGUGGACCUGGAAGACUUCAAAUACUCUGGCACCAACACCACAGCUCUGCGUCUCAUUAACCUCAGUGACGGAACUCUGCAGCAAAUUCUGCGCGAUUGGUCUGCUGAUCUCGACGACUCUGGGAAUAUUUUCGGUGGUGAAAUCGUGGCAGGAUAUUCAUUUGCUGAUGUACCGAAUAUUUUUGAAGUUCCUGCCUCUGUAAGUCCGCAGUCAUUCGCCCUGUUGCCGGAAUAUGUUGACUCGAAGUUCCCGACGCGAAGUUCGGGACCGCUGAGUCCCGGACAUGUUGAGGAGGCGCAAGUUACGAACUUCUGUGCGAUGCCGACGGAACUGGCGCUGGUGUACGACGCGGUGCAGCUGUUCGCCAGAGCGCUCAGCGACCUCGACAAGACGCGGGCCAUCGAAGUGCUGCCGCUCAACUGCUCCAAGGAGCAAGUUGAGCUGUACGGCUUCUCUGGACUGGUGCGUUUCAACGCUUAUGGUUCAUAUUAUGAUUCAUAA